AUGGCCCGAUCUCGUGGAGGCUGCCUGAACUGUAAAGCCCGCAAGCGAAAAUGCGACCAGGCUCGCCCUGAGUGCCACGCUUGCUCCCAAAGGGGCAUGAGGUGCCAGGGCUACUCGACUCCCCUCCGCUGGGUCAAUGGCGUCGCUUCUAGAGGCAGAUUUGCCGGCGCUUCUGUCCCCGACGCGUCAUUGGUCGCGACUCAAGGGCCUGAGAGCAGUCAGGACCUCAAUUCGAUGGAUUCCGAGACUUCCUCUGCUCCUAGGCACGAUACGUCGAGUCCUGCGUCGGGCUCAAUCUCGUCGUCUGCCUUUUCACCCCAGACCAUUGGCGUGCCGUCAGCAGACGCGCAAGACCCGAGAUUUCAGAGAUUCAUGAACAAUGGCCUCAAUCGGCUGUACUCUACGGAAGCCAGCUCAUGGAUCAAGCCCUUCUUUGAGCAGAUGGCUUAUCAGAGCCCGGCGCUGGUCAUGAUCGCCGGUGCGAUACAGCUCUACAUGGACGAUGGGAACCGCGGCAUGUCUGUCAAGUCGAUGGAAUACACCGACCUGGCGCUGCAGACGUUCCGACAAGAGCUUUCCGCUCGGUAUGAGCGAAUGCACCUCGCGACAAUAUGCGCUGGCUUGCUAGUCUGUUCGCUCUGUCUACUGCAGACCCAACCGUGGACAAUGUACCUCGAGCUCAUUGUCGACGUCUACGACCUCAGGACCAAGCUCAGCACCGUUGGUCAAAUUUCCAAUGAUCUCCAUACCCAACAUCUCCUCGAAGUUCUUGGUGUGAUGGAUCUUCCCUCCUGCGUCAUCGGUCGAGUGAAUCCUUCCAUCGGCGUCUGGAAACUAUUCCGUCGUCUUCAAGAUGAUCGCGACGAAGGCCGAGCGACCGGUGUAGAAGUCGUAUCAGGUAUUCCACGCUCUCUCCUCGAUAUCUUUGCUAGCAUCUUGGACAACGAUCCGGAGUAUACCGAGACUCGCUUCUGGGACUGGCCUGGACAGGUGGGUGAGUCGCUGCAGUGCCACUACUGGGAAUGCUGGCGCCUGGCAGGUAUACUGGAAAUCCGCCGUCGGCGAAGAAUGGAGCGAAAGGCAAGAGGGCUCCCCGACCGAGAGGACGGCACGUCGAGCAAAGGCCCAGAUACAGAGGUCGUCCUCUGCCGCCUCAUCUCGUCAAUAGAUGCCCUACAAAAGGCCUUCGAAGAACCUCGCAACCAGCACCUCCUCGUCCACAAUGGGCUUCCGUAUGCAGUCGUCAACGCAGGUCUAGAAGUCCCCCUCCUCAAACAACAUCCAACCUGGAAAGCAACACUCGACGAUGUCAGGAAGUCGUUACUUGGCACAGAUUCCUUUGAUCUAAUCAAUACUAUUUUCGAAAUGCUUGAUGAGGCGUGGGCGAACGGAACAAAUACUUUUGACAUUGAGAGCGCAGCACGCUCCAGGAAUCUUGAACUUGCUAUUUUUUAA